AUGUUGUACGAUCAGGGUGAAUUAGUUGUGCCGUUGUUGAAAACCGUUGUCGAUUUGAAAAAAGUUGUUCCAUUCGACCAGAGAAGCUUCGGAUUCAAAGGUUUGGGAUCACAAUACCAGAUCGAGAAAAAAUGGAAAAAAGAGAUAGAAGCGCCGACAACAGCAUUAUUUCAAGAGAAAAGAGAAAAUCAUCUGAUGGAGUCAGAAUUACCUACAAAUGCUGAAGUUCUAUUUGUGAUGCCUUUCUUCUUGAUUCUCAUAUGUCUCUUCUGUGCUGUUGGAUUUUUCAAUAUUUGCCGUGACGAUAUGAUGGAUGAACUACACGCGAGUGGUAUAGAUGUCAUUCGAUCAGAGGAGGGCGGAGUCAAACAAGCUCCUCGGGAACAUGAAUACUGA